UCAGAAAUUUUAAAUUACCACACAUCGUUUAGUUUUUCCUAUGGCUUCCACUUUCUUUAGCUAUAUUACUACUCUAUGGCAAAUUUUAUUUUCCAUAAUUCGUAAGAUAACAAGCAAAUUAGUGAGUACUACAAGAAAUAAACCAUUAUUGCCUCCCGGUCCAAAACCAUGGCCAAUAGUUGGUUGCAUACCUCAAAUGGUACUAAACAAGAAGCCAGCGUUUGAGUGGAUACACAAACUAAUGGAGGAAAUGGAGACUGAAAUUGCUUGCAUUCGUCUUGGUAAUAUUCAUGUCAUUCCUGUCACUUCUCCUGAGCUUGCCUGCCUAUUUUUAAAGAAUCAAGACUCGAUUUUCUCAUCGAGGCCUAUUUGCAUGUCCGCCAACCUCGUUAGCAAUGGCUACUUGACUUUAGGUUCUCUCCCUAUGGGUGAUCAAUGGAUGAAAAGGAGAAGAAUCAUUUCUUCUCAUGUCCUCUCAGCUACAUCUUUUCAAUGGCUUCGUCGUAAACGAGAUGAAGAAGCUGAUCAUGUUCUUCGAUUCGUUUAUCAUCAGUGCAUUAACAAACAUCUUGUCAUUAACUUGAGGAAAGUGACAAGAUACUAUUGCGCAAAUGUUAUUAAGAAUAUGAUUUUCAGCAAGAGAUUACUUGGACCAUUAGUAGAAUCAGAAGAAGAGGAAGAGCAAGUUGAUGCAAUUUUUACACUUCUUGAAUAUUUUCAUUCUUUUAGUAUCUCAGAUUACUUACCAUGGUUAAGUGGAUUUGAUUUGGAUGGUCACAAGGCAAUUAUUAAGAAAGCCUUUGCCAUAGCAACAAAACACAUUGAUUAUGAAACUGACCGGAGGAUUCAUAUUUGGAAGGAUGGCAACAAAACUGCGGAAGAAGACAUUCUUGAUGUUCUUAUCAUGCUCAAAGAUACUAAUGGGAAUCCUAUGUUGAAUGCUAAAGAGAUUAAAGCACAAGUCCUUGAAUUCAUGUUUGCUACGAUAGAUAAUGCCUCAUAUGCAGUCGAAUGGACAAUCAAAGAAAUGUUGAACCAACCAAAGAUAAUGCAAAGGGCCAUAGAAGAGAUUGACAAUGUCAUUGGGAGCGAUAGAUUGGUUCAAGAAUCUGACUUGUCACAGUUAAAUUAUGUCAAAGCUUGUAUUAAAGAGUCCUUUCGGUUACAUCCCUUGGCAGCUUUUAACGUUCCUCAUGUGUCUAUGUCGGAUUCUGUUGUUGGCGAAUACUUCAUCCCAAAAGGAAGUGUAGUGUUAUUAAGCCGUCUUGGACUUGGACGAAACCCUAAAAUUUGGGAUGAUCCCAUGAAGUUCAAGCCAGAGCGCCAUAUCAACGAGAAAGGUGGUGAUGUAGUUUUAACUGAUUCGGAAUUACGUUUGCUAUCAUUUAGUAUUGGACGACGAGGUUGUCCAGGUGUAAAACUUGGCUCAACAAUUACCACUAUGUUACUUGUUAGGCUUCUUCAAGGGUUUACUUGGAGUUCAGCAUCGAGCUCUCGGGGCAAUGACUUGACUGAUGGUUACCCGGAUUGUGCUCUCCAUGGCACCAUGCCAUUUUUUGCUAAGCCAAAACCGCGAUUGCCUAAACACAUGUACCUUUAAAUAAGUAAAAUUAUGUCAUAAUAAAGUAUGUACGUACACAUGAUGUAUGUGUAUAUACUUAUAUAAGAUGUUUCUUUUCUACUACAGUAUUUAUGAGAGGAUGAAUCAAUAAUAUUAGUAUGAUUUAUAUUUUAAAUGUGAUGUGGCACUCCUUAA